AUGGCUGAAGCAAACGAACCACACUGGAACUUUGAUAUCUUGAAUGAAAACCCCGAAAAUACUAAAUCAAGAUUAGCUACAGUAUCUCGGGAAGACGUCGACAAUCUCAUAGCUAAAGAAGAGAACGAAAAUACAAAGAAAAAAACCGCCUAUGACCUGAACAUCGUUUUGAAGUUUCUGCUAGAGGAGCGAAACGAAAGCCGAGAUUUGGAGAAAAUCCCGCCAGAGCAGCUGAAUGUGUACCUUAGCGAAUUUAUUAUUGCUGCAAGGACAAAGAAAGGCAACGACUACGAACCAUCAUCUCUCAGAGGAAUAUUAUCAAGUAUUGACAGAUACCUGACUCGAAAARAAUACGGCAAAAGGCUAUUUUUUGACCCGGAGUUUUCGAGGUUGAGGGACGCUCUGAAAGCCAAGCAAAAGAAGCUAAAAAAGCAAGGUCGAGGAAGCAAACCCAACGCAACAACUGCUUUAACAGACGAGGAGAUUAAUAUUCUUUUUCAAAAGAAUGUUUUGGGAGCCAGUUCUCCACAAGCGUUGUUGAAUUCAGUCUGGCUGAAUAACAUGAUUCACUUCGGUCUCAGGGGUUGUACAGAACAGAGGAGCUUGUGUUGGGGCGACGUUGCUUUAGAGACUGAUAGUCAGGGGRAAAAAUAUVUUGUCCUUUCAGAGAGACAAACAAAAACAAGACAAGGUGAUGAUCCUAGGAAUGUCAGGACAGUAAAACCAAGAAUGUAUGAAAACAAACAAGUCACAGCCGAGCGAGAUCCAGUGAACAUAUACAAACUUUACCGAGACAAGCGGCCAGAAAUAAUGUUGAAACCUGAUGCUCCAUUUUAUCUUUCUUGCAACUACUUCAAAACAUCUAUUCAAGGCAAAAAUAGUGAAAGCAAUUGGUUUAAAGCACAGCCCGUGGGAGUAAAUAAAUUGAACAGCAUGUUGAACGACAUGUGCAACGCUGGUGGAAUUCCCCGCAAAACAAACCAUGUUGGACGAAAGACGCUAGUGCAAAAUUUACAGGAUAGUAAUGUCCCCCCAAACUAG